UCUCCAGCUGUUUCAACACUUUGUUCAGAGUUUUCUGUAGGCUGUCAUGCCGCUUCACUUCAGCCCGAAUUGCACUCGAAUGCACCACCUUAGUUGAGUUAUGCAUGUUCAUUCAGGUUGGAUUGUUAGCUCGCCUCGGAGACUGUCACAGUUUACCCACAGCGGGGAGAGAAAGAGAGACAAAGAGAAAGAGAAAGAGAAAGAAAGAAAGGAGUGUUCAUGCCUCAGGGUUGUUCAUGAUGGUGUGUGGAGGAUUCACCUGCUCGAAAAAUGCUCUCUGCGCUCUUAACGUCGUUUACAUGUUGGUGGGGCUACUCCUGAUUGGUGUAGCGGCAUGGGGGAAAGGCUUCGGGAUCGUGUCCAGUAUCCACAUCAUUGGAGGCGUGAUUGCUGUGGGCUUUUUCCUGCUGCUCAUCGCCAUCGUCGGCCUCAUCGGAGCCGUCCAUCACCACCAAGUCUUGCUGUUCUUUUACAUGGUCAUUCUGUUCAUCGUGUUCCUCUUUCAGUUUGGUGUGUCCUGCUCUUGUCUGGCCGUGAACCAGGAUCAGCAGGAGAAAUUGCUGACCUCUAGUUGGAGGAUAAUGAGCAAUGACACCAAGAGCGAUUUGGAGAAAAAGCUGGACUGCUGUGGCCUGUUCAACAGCACCGCAAACAAACAGGAGUUUGAAACCGACUUGGCGAUAUGUAAAGCUAGCUGCCUAAAAACUUGCAGGACGUGUGGUGAGAAAAUGCUGCAGCAUGCCUCCGAGGCUCUGAGGAUUCUGGGUGGUGUGGGUCUCUUCUUCAGCUUCACCGAGAUUUUAGGAGUUUGGCUGGCUAUGCGCUACAGGAACCAGAAAGAUCCACGGGCAAACCCCAGUGCGUUCUUAUAGUCUUGCAGCAUCCACUAGUCCAGCAGUGUAGAUGAGCAAUUCCUCUUCUCUUAGUGCGCGUGCACACACACACACACAUACACACACACAUAUGCACUCAGACAUUCAGCACAGAUUUCAUACUGAACGCUGACAUUCUGCUCACUACACACCAUCUAUUUGAUUUUAUGGCACCACGAGCUAAAGAAAAAAUCCCUCUCAAAUAUUUGUUCCCCCCCACCUAACCAUAGCGAGAGCAAACAAAAAUGGACGUCUCAUGAAUGAUAGGAUGUAUUCUUGUCUCGAUCUCCAGUCCUAGUAGUGCAGCCUGCCCCAACCCCAUCCUUGAUUUGAGAAGGAAAAAAAAAAAAAAAGUGUCCUGGACGGCGUGAACUCAUUCAUUCUGACAGCCGUUACUACGGUUGGUUCAGUCUACAUCACUACUCCACCUGCCAGACUGUUCCUCGGCCAUUAUUGUGUUCCGUAUCGUAUAGUUUUCUCCUUAGUGAAGCGAUUAGUUCCUAGAUUUUUACGUGACCCGGUCGAAGUGUGACGUCUGUGAUACACUUUCCCUUUCCUGCUUGUUGAUGUGAGUGGUGCUUGUUGUCCCGUGGGAGUGCUAGCUGAGGAUUUUUACUUCCAUACGUCGUGUAACUGAGCCAUGCAGAAGCCAGCAGACUGUAGCCCCGAGUCCGUGUAAAAUAAGACGUUGUCUACGUGACGGGUUGCUUUUGCCCACACGUGCGCGUUUAGUUCGAUUCUUGCUCAUGUACCGCCCGCACUGGAACUUUAACCCUCGCGUUAUAUUUGGUAUUACUCAGUGUUUCUGAUUUUUUUUUUUGCGCGUUAAAGCAUCUCAUAUACCUUCUGAAGCCAGCGUUUAAGUUCCUGUGACACCUUAUUGUCACUGAUGGAAAAGAUUCUCUCACGUUCUUUAGAUGCCAUUUAUGUCUUCGCCACUAGGUGGCAUCCAAAUUUGUGACAUGUUGGGCAACCGACUACGGGGUUGUUUUUUUUUGCCGAACUGUAUCUACUUCACAACUUUUUUUUUUUUUUUUUUUCUUUUGCCUUUAAAAGUAUUAAAAUUCAGGCCAUUCAGGUUUGUUUAAACAUAAGUUAUUUGUAUGUACUGUACUUAAUAAAAAUCUAUCCUCCGCCAAUCGUACUUUCUCUAGGAUAGUUUUCUGUUUUCUUCAAUUAUUCUUCACACUAUCAGUCUUUUUUUUUCUUUUUCUUUCCUUCUGUGAAUUCAGUUCACUUUCUGGAGCACGUACACACAGCUUUUGUUACAGAACUCCUUUCACGUCUCAUUUCACUUCCUAUAAGUAGGAUGCACUGAAUUUUCACACUGCAUAAUAAUGUUGUGUAUAUGUGCUAAAGGUCAUUGGGGUAGUAGUUGUGGCUGUUCUGCCAAAUAUUUCUGCAGCCGUUUGUUCUUGUUUUAAUUUAUUGACUUUAUAAUCAGCAGGCCGUGUUCUCUCUUUCUCUCGUUCAUUUUCCACUACUCUGUACUGCACCUACCACUCUUUCCCCCCUCCAUUCCUGGAUGUUCCUUGUAUUUUUUAACCUGAUUUUUUUUUUUUUCCAAUUAAAAACAUGUUUGAGCAAAAGUUUGGAAAAUGACCAUGUGACUCAUUUUAAAUACUUUUUUGAUACAUACGGAAGUCUUAAGAGGCCAUACAUUUAAAAAAAAUAAAAUUUCUUGUGAUCUUGACAUAACAAA